GAAAGAUGUCUCCACGCAUCCCCAGCACUCUUGUCUCACUCGAGACUAUAGAAUAUCUAGGGUUCACCCACCCAACGGCAGUCGAACUAUGGGACACUUGGACGUUCAUAACAAUGUACAAAACAGAGGGCCUAACAGCAAACCCCACCGAAUACCAGAAGCUAAUGCUGAGUUUUUUCAUCAAAUUCAUCGUUGACCACUUAAUUCAGUUCGAAGACACGAAGACCGACGACGAUGAUGACUGGAUCCAAUGCAUGGAGAAGUGUGGUAUCUGCAAGGACCUACAAGACACCAUCAUGGAUCCCUUCUUCCGGGACACUCGACGUAUGGCCACUUGCCAUACCAGGCUUACCGAAAUCAUCAAGCUAAACUUUGCUGCCUUGCAAAAGACCCUUUCCCUUUAA